CGUUAAAACAUAUAUGUGUUUGGAUUACUUUUAAAACUCUAAUCAAAAGAAAGUCAAAUAUGAUCUUAAAAAUAUAGCUUUUCAAAAAAAAUAUGAUUCCGAACAAAUGGGAUAACAGAUUUUAUGUAUCUAAUGAUAAAGAAUAGGGAAUUUUCUCUGAAGUCAGCAUAGGCCUAAUGAUAAAGAAAAAUGUUAGCUAGUGGAUAAAACAUAUCAUUGUUUGUAUUCUUUUCAAACCUUUAUACAAAAGAAAUAUAUCUAGAAUGUUAAAAAUACAAAAUUCAUAAAAAAUUAUGAUCUGAACAAAACCCUAAAUGAACUAAAACAUUUUCAAUGCAAAAGGAUAGGGAAAAGCGUUCAGAAAAAAAUGCUAAAGUUUACGAUUUUAAACGAUUUAGCUUUAAAUUGUUAGUUAAUUUGUAAUAAUAUUUGAAUAUUUAAUUGAUUGUGAUUAUUUAAUGUAAUUAUGAUGUGAUUAAGUUGUGUUUAUAUGUGAUAUUUUGUGUAUGUGUGAUAGUUGAAUGUGUUUUGUUAUCAUCGUAUUUUCUUGUUUUCGUAGGGCGGCUGGUCGUUAUUAUAUCAGAUUGUGUUGUACAGCGCACCACGUGAUGUCGUCGCUGAGAGUUUAAAAUCAGCGACGGCAGAAGCUGUGGACUUCGUGAACCCGUACUACGGUGAUUGUAUUCUACAUCACAUUUCUAAAUACGGCUACGCACAGGAAAUGAGAAAAUCUCUGAUGAUUUCUGCACGCAAUGUCAAUUUGCAAGACGAGUAUAAAGAGACUCCACUUCACAAGCUGUUAGAAGCCAAUCUUAAUUUCACAGAUCACCUUGACAUUGCAAAACUUCUUUUGGAUGCCGGGGCUGAUGUAAAUAUAGAGAAUGAGGACAAUCAGACGCCAUGUGACCUCUAUAUAAAGAAUGAAUGUGAGGAGUAUGAUUCUACAAAUAGAGAAAAACACAAGGAAGAAGUCUUGCAACUUCUGCAAGGCUUUGAAGUUCCAGAGGCAAUAUUAGCCAGAGGCAGUGAGGCUCUGAAGGUUUUUAACGAGGAAGUACAAGAAGGAAGGAUCACAGUAAACCAUGCACGAUUAAUGGUGACUGGCAAAGAGGGGGUGGGAAAGACUUGUUUGGUAAACACUCUGCUUGAAAGAACAUUUAAUGAAGAAGAACCAUCGACUGAUGGAAUAGUGUUGACCACUGCUUUUCAAACUACUGAUAUAAGUAGUGUGUGGAAAGAGGCAGAGGACAUGGACGAAUGUGAUCGGAUCAAAGAUAUAUUUGAUAAUGCAUUAGAAAGUAAAGUUGCCGAGAAAUUGAAACAAAAAGGAAGCCAAGUAGAGGCAGCUGAACCAGUACAGGCAUCAGCAGGAAAGUCAACACCUGUACCUCCACUUGUACACGCCCCUAAAAAAUCCAAUGUCUUUGUACGUGUAUUUCAGCGAUUAACUAAAAAAGAAGGUCGCAGGAAACCAGUUACCUCCUCUACACCUGUAUUGCCAUCUGUGCCUGUUCCAGUUGAGGUAGGACAUAAUAUA